AUGGAUGAGAGAAAUGACAUGGAUAAGAUGGAUGAUGUGAUAAUGCCUGGUUUUCGGUUUCACCCUACAGAUGAGGAGCUUGUUGAUUUUUACCUCAAGAGAAAAAUUCAGCAGAAACCACUUGCUAUUGAGUUGAUAAAGCAAGUUGAUAUUUAUAAAUAUGAUCCAUGGGACCUUCCAAAGCUGGUGAGUACUGGAGAGAAAGAGUGGUAUUUCUACUGUCCAAGGGACAGAAAAUACAGAAACAGUGCACGCCCAAAUCGAGUAACAAGAGCUGGGUUUUGGAAGGCCACUGGAACUGACAGGCCUAUAUACUCCUCAGAAGGAAAAUGCAUUGGUUUGAAGAAGUCCCUUGUGUUCUACAGAGGCAGAGCAGCCAAAGGAAUGAAAACUGAUUGGAUGAUGCAUGAGUUUAGGCUACCUUGUAUACCAGACACUUCUCCCAAAAAACUCUCAGACAAAAGCCUCCCAGCAAGAGAUUCAUGGGCAAUCUGUAGGAUAUUCAAGAAAACAAGUUCAAUGUCCAUGGCACAGAAGGCCUUAUCUUACCCUUGGAUCUCUCAGUUACCAGGAAGCAUGGUAUCUGAUAUGCUCACACAGAAUAUCUCUUGCACAAAAGAAGCAGGCUCAUCAGCAAUUCAAUUUUGUGGUAACAAUAAGGAGUUACACCAAGUCUCUAAUGCCAACACCAACUUCUUAGCUUCAGAUAUUCCAUCUUAUAAACCUAUCAAUAGCAGCACAGUUUCCAAGUCCUCACAAAUUCCUGUAUCAGAUGGAGACCUUGCUGACAACUUUAUCUUCUACACCCUUGAAGCAACAGGGCCCACCAAGUGCACAGUUGAUGCUAGUUCCAUGCUUUCCAACCCUGACUAUAUAGGUUUUGAAGAGCCAAACCAGGAGUACAGUGGCUUCUCAAUUAGUCUACCUCAGGAUAUGCAAGCAAACAUGGGCAUAGAGAUAGGUGAAGAAGAACAAGGAUGGAGGAAGAACCAAAAUCAAGUGCAGUUUAACCAGUGGGACACAACUGGGAGAACUAUUGAUUUUCCAUUCAGCUUGCCUCCAAAUGAUGCAGGCUACUGUAGCAGGGGAUUCACCCCCUUGCCCCAGUGA